AUGUCUUUGGACAUCAUUUCGUGUAAACAUGUUGACAAGAAUGGUUCCUCGACAAGGUUACCUCUUUGGUGCUACAACCCUGAUGGCACGAAGUGUUCCUGGUACAGGCAAUGUCUGGAGAAACGAUAUCCGUGUGAACAAACAGGUUCUGCCUAUGCCAUAACGUACGCGGAAAAGUUCUGCGACCUGUAUGCUAAAAAUGUCCACAUGUUUUCUACAUAUGGUCGACAAUGGAUAGCCGCGUCAAAGAAGUGUCUGCAGGUUGUUCUGGCUCCUGUCCUGAGUCCGGAGGUCAAUAUCUCGUGUUCUGAUAUAAAGAGUAUGGCGUUCGCUUCUCAUCCUAAAUGUUACUCCAAUCCGUCUGAGGGCUUCUCAUUCUGUUCUCUGAGCCUGAGGGAUAAGUUGGAAGUAUUUUGGACGAUCAAGGAAGCGUUGCUUAGUGCGUUCGAGGAAACCGUUAAGGCUGCCUGGGCUACGGUAUUGGAUUGUCUUAAAGUGGGAACCGACUAA